CUGGACAGUCCGAUAGUGAAAACAAAAUUAUGAGUGUCAAAUCAUUGCCAUUGAUUCUCAAAAACAUUCUUAAUUGUGUCUAGAAGCGGUAAAAAAUAGUGCAAAUCCUUUAUUUAAUGUUAUGAACCGCCAGGUUGUCGGCUGAUCAAGGACGAGAAAUGCGGAUGCAAUUGCGAUGUUCAACGGCAACGGAUAAGGACUUCGCAUUAACAGCCGAGCGGUACAUUGCAUCGUUGGACAUUGGUACCACGACGAUAAGAUGUUUUAUCUACGCGGCGAAGCGCGAUAUCGGCAAACUGGACGUCGUCGGGAGUGCCUUCGAGCAAGUCGAGCUGGUAUAUCCAGCGCCGGGACAAGUGGAGAUCGUUCCCAGUCAACUGUGGGAUAGCGUGAUCAGUACGAUCGCAAAUGCCAUCAAAAGUGCUAAACUCACUGCCAAACAAAUCGCCUGUCUGAGUAUAACAACGCAACGGAACACGUUCACAUGUUGGAACAAACUGACCGGAAAUGUGUACCACAACUUUAUUACCUGGAAAGACCUCCGUGCGGACCAGCUCGUUCAGCAGUGGAAUCGAAGUUUCAAGCUGAGAGCACUGAAGACGGGUGCCAGACUGCUGCACUUCUUCACCCGCAACAAGCGCUUCCUAGCGGGGAGUGUCAUCAAACUGAUGAAUCCACAGGUUACGAUGCGUCUAGCGUGGGUACUGCAGAACAAUGUCGAACUUCAGCGGGACGUUAAGGACGGCAAUGUGCUGUAUGGGACGAUCGAUUCCUGGCUGCUGUAUCGGCUGCGACAGGGCUUGGACCAAUCACGAGUAGUGGAACAUAUAGGAGAUGUUACAAACUGUACCUCGACGGGUUUCUACGACCCCUUUGGACAGGAGUGGGCUGGAUGGGCACUGAAUCUGUUCAAUAUUAAGAAAGAACUUUUGCCGAAGGUAGUUGAUAACUCCUAUGAUUUCGGGUACAUUGACGAAUCGCUGUUUGGCAGUCCAAUCAAAAUCGGAACUUCGAUUUCCGACCAAUCUGCUUCGCUGUGGGGAAACUGCUGUUUCGAUAAAGGUGAAGUCAAGAUAACUAUGGGUACGGGUUCGUUUUUAAACGUGAACACUGGCACAACGUGCUUGGCUUCCGUUCACGGAUUGUAUCCCUUGGUGGGAUAUAAGAUGGCCACUUGUGACAGCACCGAAUUGGUAUACCUCAUGGAAGGAGCUUCCAAUGACAAUGGAUCCAUCAUUGAGUGGGCUAUGAGCAUAGGACUAUUCACGGAUCCACGUGACAGUGCCAGCAUGGCUCUAUCCGUUUCCGAUUCAGACGGAGUUUCGUUUAUUCCAGCAUUCAGCGGGCUUGGGCCACCGAUUCGUGAUGACACCGCAGGCACCGGUUUCAUAGGAAUCAAAGCGUCUACCAGCAAAGAACAUUUGGUUCGAGCGAUUCUGGAAAGUCUAACAUACCGAAUUGCGCUGCUUUACGUGUGUGCCUUGGAGGAAACCCGUUACACUUUCACCCGCAUCAAGGUCGACGGAGGAGUUUCUCGUAACGACUUCAUCUGUCAAACCUUGGCCGACCUGACCGGGCUGCCCGUUGAACGAGGCGAAGUGGCCGAUUCUACUGCACUGGGAGCAAUGUUUCUGGCUGGCCUCAAUGUAGGCAUCUGGCACAGCAAACAGGAACUGAUCGAUAUCAGAAAGAUCGAUCGGGUCUUCGAACCGAACGCAGCCAACAAGAACAAUUGCCUGAAGAGUAUGCGAUCGUGGGAACGAGCCGUCGAACGAUUCAAGCGGUGGUAUAUCGCCGAAGAGCUGAACAGUCUGAACUGAACUUGUGAUAUUGUUACUUUGGCAAUAAAUUGUUUUUAACCUAAACCGAA